UUGUCUUUCUAGGUUACGACACGUAGAGAAAAUAUUAAUCGCAUGGUUGGCUUAUACUGAAGACUAGUGAAGACUGAUAGGGCGCAAUGCAGCAUUAAAAACCACUUACAUUUGGAGUUAGAUAGUUUCAAACUGGGGAAAAAUGAAGUUGUUUUUAUUAUUUAGUUUUGCAGUGUUACUAUUCUAUGUUCGAGGAUGUCCACAAUGUGGAGGAGAGGACCCGGCAGUUGUAGCCCAAAUGGAAAGUGAAAGUAGCGCUCCGCCAAAACCUCAAACUCAAGAAUCUACUUCGGACGAGCAGACACAGACUGACAAUAAAGAAGAGGAAUCGUCGACAGAAAAUGAGGAGCCCACACCACCACCAGUUGAAACUUCGCCACAAUUGGAAGAAUAUAAACGCCACUUCCUUUUACAUCGAACGAAACAACUGGAAGCAGCCAAGGGUAUAGCACAGUUUGAGAAUAAUGAGCAGAGAUACCAAUUAGUCAACAUGAUGCUUAAACAGUUAUUUAAGGUCCUUGCUGAAGCAAAGCAGAAUUUAACAUUACAUGGCUUUUUACCAGGGGAUCCAUUCCCAGAAGAUGAAAAUGUUAAAGAAGCCUUUUCUAAGGUGCUUGAAAACACAGCCAUGUUUGGUGAUCUUGUUCUUUUCAUGCCUGAAGUUGUCCAUAGCAUGUACGACAAAGAAAAGGAAUGGCAGGUGCUCCUGGCAUGGUGCUAUGGCUUCAGUACUCAGUCAGCUGUCUAUUCCGGACAGUUCAAGGCAAUCCUCAACAUGAUGGCGCAAGAAGCAAAUAUUAUUCCAAAGGAUAAAUUCUUUAUAAAUCCUUAUUUAGCAUUAACUAAGCUCCAAAACGAUCUCACAGAUAAAAUGAAAAAGAAACAAGAAAAAGAAAAGAAAGACGCAAUCAAACUAAAAAAGAAGAAGGAAAGAGGACCAAAAUUAAGAAAAACAGAACUUUAAGGUCCAUUAUAAAAUGAACAUUUGACUCUCUUUAUGAAAAAUUUUUUAAAAUCUCAAAAUAAAUGAUGAAAUUUUCUAUCAUAAAUUACUUUGACUUUACAGAAAGUCCUUAAUUGACUUAUUCUUUAUUACAAAAUAAGCAAGAAAAACCUCAAAUGUUUAAAAAUUUAUUUACACAUUUGUUUUCAUUUUAUGCAGAUACUUUUACCCCAAAAAUUUACUACUUCCUAUUUAUUUCAACAAAUCUGACAAACAUUGUAGAGCCUGUUCAUUACAAGUCUUGCUAUUUAGCUGGAAGUCACUCGGGAGUUCUUUAGACUUGAACCAUGUAAAAUCUUCUAUGGAAAAGUACUCAAUUUUUGUUUCAGUGUUUAGGAAGUAUUCUUGUCAUUUAAGAUCUUCUAAUGGAAAGUAUUCUGUUCCUUUUUCAAUGUUAUAUCAAAGACCAACAAUAAAUUUUAAAAGUUUUUUUUUGCUCUAUAAUUCAAUUGUAUCUUUUUAUUCAAAUAUGAAAAUCUCUUUAUACUUCUCCCCUUUACAAACUUUAAAUCAUUUUUUAUCAAGGUUCAAAAGUAUUAACAAAAUUAGCAGAGUUCAAAUAUAGAUUCGUUUGACUUUGUACCGAUGUCUUGGUUAAGAUAAAAUACGUCAUAAUAAAACGGUUUAAAUGAUCAAGAGAAUUUGAGAACAAUUUUAACAUUCAUUGAUGUAGAUUAAAAUUUUGCAUUCGUAAAAUAAUUAUUUAAAAAAAAAAACAUUUUAAAAAAAAGUUUAGAUUUAAAACAAACAAUCAAACAUUUUUUUCAAUUAGAAACUUAAAAAACAAUUGAAAUCCUUAGUUUCAAAAUUAGAAAAUGGUAAUUACUGUUUUAAUUUUAUUUAUACUUUUCCACACUGUAUUGUUUAAAAUACCUUGUACUUUUAUGUAAUCCACAAACCUUAUAUUACUUACCCGAACCUUUAACAUAUAAAUAUAAUUAAUCCAUACCUGGCAAAAGUUAAGUGGAAAAGACAGUUGAGAAUUUGAAUCACUAAACUAGUGUUACAGGGGAAUGUUUGGGUGAGAUAAACACAAAUAAACUUUACUUAACAAAUCUUUAUUUCCAUCAAAACAAAAGCACUACAUAAUUUCAAACUCAAAUUAUUAAUCCAAACAAAAUAUUUUACUGUUCCUGGAAGUUACUACUACAUUACUAGAAAAAAAAACAUUUAAAAUACAAUACAGGAGAAAAUAAUGGGUCAAAAUAUCAAAAGAUUGUACAUACAGAUAUUUACAUAUAGUAAAACUGAUAUAAAAGUAUAAGUUCUGAGGUGUUGUUUAUUGGUAUAAACAUGAGUAUAUCUGCCAUUAUAAUAUGAGUACAAUUUGCAAUGCAUGUAUAAUGUUGAUAAUUGUUCGGUUUUUAUUGUUGAUACAAAAGAGGGUAUGGUCUUAAAAUGUUUGCUGCAUUAAUUAUUAAACAUGCUAAUGCAUUAUGUGAAUUUAUAUUUAAAAAAAAUGCUGAUGUAUGGAAAAAAGUAUUUUGAAAGUUGCAAUGAAAAAAAAAUGCCUAUGCGUGUUAAUGAGAUAUAUAGUGAUAUUUUAAAUUGUAUCUUAAUGAAGGUGAAUUUGUAUUAGAAGUUGAAUUGUUUUGAAUCAAAAUUUUAUGUCAUUGUGAACUUUGUUAAAAGGUUCUUGUUAACUUCAGAAUGUAGAUAGAAGUUUAAAAUGUAAAUUUUUUUUUAUUUUUCAUAGAAAUGUUGGUACAAUUUUGAUUUAUUUAAAAAAAAAAACUUACUAAAGGCACAACAUAUUCCAUAUGAAUUUUAAAAUAAUAAAUUUUUGAAACCCUGUUUGUGGUCAGCUUCAUUUAUUAACAUAUUAAAAGCACAAAUUUUUAUUAUUAAUUAAUACACAUCCCUACAUUAUGGUUUAACUAUUUUUUCAAAAGUAAAUAAUAUUUAUUAAGUUUGAAUGUAGUUACUAAGUUUCAAAAUCUCACAGUAGCUUGAUUUAGUAUAAAGACAGUUAAGUUAAAUCAUUCUUGCUCUAGAUGGAAUUCUUUAAUUUAGAAAAUGCUGUGCCUUGUCAUAAGAUGUUUGCAUUUAUUUGUUAUAGGUCAUUGUUUCUAGCUGACCUGGCAAGGUACAUAAUGUUUCUUUUCCUUGUUUCCUUUUUGUUGCAUGUUGCCUAUGCAAAUAAAUGAUACAAAAU